CAUCUAAUCACUUCAACAAAUGGCACCUGUUAGCGUUCAAAGAGUAAGCCGGGAGGCUGCACAGAACAUGUCUUGACUGUUGUAUCCUCCUUUCGUGACAAACUGUCGCCUCAAGAAACUGGAAGUCUUCUGUUUAACGCCGCCACUUGGCUGAACCUCCCACACGGCCAAACUAAAAGCAAAACCACCGGGACAGCCAGCCUUAUUCUGCGAAAUUUGUGCCCGGCCUUUAAUUCGACACCCACUGCAUUCAGAAAUAUGCGUGUGUUCCUGCGUCGGCGUAUGUCCCCCCUGAAAUUGGUGCUCCUUGGGGGGGUUCUCUUCAUGGUGAUCCUGGUGGUUCUCCAAAGGGACAUGGGCUCCACGCCCGACCCAUGGUUCCAGGACCUGGUGGACAAGAAGGACCAGGUCAUGGUCAUGGUCCGAGAGGCUGUCAACAACAUGGGGUUUCAGAUCGGUGCACCGCAGCGUCCACCAGCAGAGCAGCAGCCCACCGAGGACAUCCACUGCCCCCCGGGCUUCUACAGCCAGGCCGAGCUCAAACCUGUGUUGGAAAGACCGCCACAGGACCCCCAGAGCCCAGGGGCCGGUGGCAAGGCAUUUCAGAAAGACCACAUGACGCCAGAGGAAGAGAAGGAGAAGGAGGAGGGCAUGAAGAGACACUGUUUCAAUCAGUUUGCCAGCGAUCGGAUCUCACUAAGUCGUAGUCUUGGGGAUGACACCAGGCCUCCAGAGUGUGUGGAGAGGAAGUUUCGCCGCUGUCCCCCCCUGCCCACCACCAGUGUUAUUAUAGUCUUCCACAACGAAGCAUGGUCUACCCUGCUGAGGACAGUGUACAGCGUCCUGCACACCUCCCCUGCCGCCCUGCUCAAAGAGAUCAUCUUGGUGGAUGACGCUAGUGUUGCAGAGCACCUGAAGACUCAACUGGAGGAAUAUGUGCGUCAGCUGAAGAUCGUACACGUGGUGAGGCAGCAGGAGAGGAAGGGCCUGAUCACAGCCAGACUGCUGGGUGCCAGCAUCGCCCAGGGUGAAGUGCUGACCUUCCUGGAUGCUCACUGUGAGUGUUUCCAUGGUUGGUUAGAGCCCCUGUUGGCCCGUAUUGUAGAGGAGCCCACUGCUGUGGUCAGUCCGGAGAUCACCACCAUUGAUCUAAACAGCUUCCAGUUCAAUAAACCUGUGUCCACCGCUCACGCCUUCAACCGAGGUAACUUUGACUGGAGCCUGACCUUCGGCUGGGAGGCCAUUCCUGAGGAGGAGAGGAGGAAACGCAAGGAUGAAACAUACCCUGUCAAAACACCUACUUUUGCUGGCGGUCUCUUCUCCAUCUCUAAGAAGUACUUUGAACACAUUGGGACCUACGAUGACAAGAUGGAGAUCUGGGGUGGCGAGAACGUGGAGAUGUCCUUUAGGGUGUGGCAGUGUGGAGGUCAGUUGGAGAUCAUUCCUUGUUCGGUGGUGGGACACGUCUUCCGCACCAAGAGCCCCCACACGUUCCCCAAGGGCACCGAGGUUAUCACUCGCAACCAGGUGCGCCUGGCCGAGGUCUGGAUGGAUGACUACAAAAAGAUCUUCUACCGCCGCAACAAGAAUGCUGCAAAGAUGGCCAGUCAGAACCAGUAUGGGGACAUCUCUGAUCGUGUGAAACUAAGAGAGAACCUUAAGUGCAAGAACUUCACGUGGUACCUCAACACAGUCUACCCAGAAGUCUUUAUUCCAGACUUGUCUCCGGUAAAAUUUGGAGCAAUUAAAAAUUUAGGCUCUCACACCUGCCUGGAUGUGGGAGAGAACAACCAGGGAGGUAAAGCUGUGAUUAUGUACCAGUGUCACAACAUGGGAGGCAACCAGUACUUUGAAUACUCAUCUCAUAAGGAGCUACGUCACAACAUCGGGAAGCAGCUGUGUCUCCACGCUGUACCCCAACCGGAGGCGGUGAAGAUCGAGCUCUGCCAGCUGAAGGGAAAAGGCACCAGUUUGGCACCACAGCAGGAGUGGAUCUUAACAGAGGACAAUCUCAUGAAGAAUCCGAGUAGUGGGAAGUGUUUACACCUAAGAGGAGGCAAGGUUCAGAUGGACCACUGUAAUGCUGCUGACAUCAACCAGCACUGGACCUUCAGCUGACCUCUCCAUCUGCCCACCAGUUGACCUGAGACAUCCUGUGUCCCCUUCUUCAGACUCAGGGUCUAGGAGGCAGCUCUACAUCCAUCCAGUCGGACUGUAUUUUGUGGAGCUUGGCCAGCCUGAGUGGACAGUCAGACAUGGAGGAAGCAAAUAUUCCCAUCCAUGUGGAAAAAGUCAGGCUGACCUGGGUGGUUUAAAAUCUAUUUAUGAUGGAAACUCAGGAAGGACAUUUGGAGGUGGCUGGGAUUUCCCCCACAGUGUGUCAAUGUUUCUGUGUGGGGUGGCAACUAGACAGCAGGGCAGUGCCGAGAACUGCGACGACUACGGCGCAGUGACGUUAACACUCCAGCUUUGAAGUGACUUCUUCGUCCUACAAUGAAUGUUGAAAUGUGUGCUGCAGUGACAAUGCAAGUGUCUUGCCAAAGGGAAAGAUGUGAUUUUUGAUUUUGAUUUUUAUUUUUUUAAAAUAAAAUCUGUCAUAUCAGUUAAAUUA